AUGGGUCAUUACCCCAUGCAAACCUACUCUUAUAUCCCCUUCUCCCAUUUUCUUUUCUGUUUCCCAGCAUCACACGGCAGAGGAGAGAGAGAGAGAGAGAGAGGGGGGACCGGCACAACCUCCGGUCCGCACCACCGCCGAUCAGCGUCACCACCUCCAUCCUCCUCCACGGAACACUCUCUGGCCGAAAUCACCUCCCACCACCAAGCCCCACCGGCGCUCCGACCCGUCCUGAAAUCUCUCCGAACCAUGUUUCGCCGGAUGAAAGAGAUCGACAAGCUCAACGUGGGAAUGUGGCAGGGAGACUGCGGUCUAACAAUGGACGAAAUUCAGGAAUUUCUUAGAACUCUGUCACCUCCGCCUAUUAAUCAGACCGACAAGCUCAACGUGGGAGUGUGGGAGGGAGACGGCAGCGAAUGUGUGGCCGAGGACGCUUUUGUAAUUUUGUAACCCUGUAUUCGGGUUGUAGUAUUUUAAUUUUGUACUAAACUUGGUAUCUACUCCAAUUUGCAAUGUCUAAAUUUAUUCCGCUCGUUUACGAAA